UAACUAGUACCACGGCUACUGACCACAAAACUGCGCGUUCAUUUCGUUAAAAAACAUGUUUUAAAACACAAAUAUGUUAAAAAUCGAAAUCAAAAUAUUCUUUCUCCUUGCUUUUGCGUCGGGUUUAACUGUGCCACAGUCUAGCCAAACGACGAACGGAAGAAGUGAGAAAUUAACAGUGUACCAAGAUAAUGAUAAGAGCAGUUUGGUGUUCGUGUUCGAUACUACGGGAAGCAUGUAUAACGACUUAAGGCAGUUAAGAGAAGGUGCCGAGAUGAUUUUGGAUACAGCUCUGGAGGAAAAUGGAGUGAUAGAGGACUUUGUAUUCGUGCCUUUUCAUGAUCCCGCCGUCGGCCCGGCGACAGUAACCCGAAACAAGGAGGUUUUCAAAUCCGCUCUAAACAUCGUGCGAGUGUACGGAGGGGGCGAUUGCCCUGAGAAGUCUCUAGGGGGGAUCCAAUUGGCUCUGAAUGUCAGUCGACCGCGGUCCUUCGUGUACGUGUUCACUGACGCCACCGCUUCUGACCAUAGACUUGUUGGGAAGGUGCUGGACUUGGUACAGAGGAGGCAGAGUCAGGUGGUAUUUGUCCUGACGGGUCACUGCAACGACCUGCACAAGCCGCACUACAAAGUGUACCAGCAGAUAGCUGCGGCGAGCGCUGGACAAGUCUUCAACCUGAACAAGACGAGCGUGCAUAAAGUGCUCGACUUUGUCAGAAGUUCUAUUCGCGCGAGGACCGUGAAUCUAGGGUCCGCCGUUAAUCCGCCAGGGUAUAAUUAUACGCAAGAGAUACCAGUAGACAAAAGUCUAUCAGAAGUGACAGUAUCAGUGUCGGGAGCCAAGCCCUCUAUCAAAGUGGUGAAUCCCAGCGGCGAAGAACUCUCCGGUCCGCCUAGGCUGAUCACUACUCUGGACUUGUCUGAGAUUAUGGUGGUAAAAGUCCUGCAACCAGAGCCGGGAAACUGGACGAUAACGACAGGCAGCCAAGAGGACUUUUCCGUCAAGGUGGUGGGGCUGUCUAACCUGACGUUUAAUCACGGCUUCUCGGUGGAGCGACCUACGUCCAUGGCUGAGACUAGUUAUAGACCUUUGCAAGGCACUUAUAACCACAUGUUGAUAUCGCUAACCCAAAUAGACCGGCCUGUUAAUAUCAGCUAUGCGGAGGUAUUGGGCCUUGAUGGGAAGACACUGUUUGAAAUACCGUUGCACGAACUUGAUGCUCAGAGGAAGAUAUACUUGGCUGAUGCUUUCGUACCUCCUGAUGACUUCUUCUACAUUGCUAUCAAUGGUCAUGACGAGUACCAUCAGGAACUGAGGCGUAUCGGCGCUACGGCUGUACAGGCAAAACCACCAGACGUUCCGUAUCUGAUGGUGAAUCAAAGGGUAGUAGCGAGGGCUCGCGAGAGAGUGGUCUUAACUUGCACCAUCGAAAGUUUGGUGCCGCUUACUGCGAUGUGGACUAAAGAUAACGUUAAGAUACAACCGCAAAUUUCCAGUUUACAAAGCACCUCAUUAGACUACGUAAUAGAUGAUAUGAGGGAAGAAAACGUCGGAUCGUACAAAUGUGUCGCCAAAAACAUUGCCGGGACCAGCCAAGCUGUUACUGAAGUUACCAUGCUAGUGGAUCCACCGAAAGUUUCAAUCGCGCCAAAUAAUCAAACGAUACAAAUUGGAGAUAGCGUAACUAUUUCAUGUAAAGUGCUUAGUGACGCUCUGUUGUUAAAGUAUCAGCUAGUAUUUAAUGGUACCCAGAAUCAAUAUGUGACUGACAUUAAUUUGGAACCAAACAUGGAAGGAGUUUAUGUGUUCAAUAAAAGUAUAACAAAUAUUAGUGAACGAGACAGUGGAUUGUAUUCGUGUGUUGCUGUGAGCAGAGGUGGCCACAAUGUGCAGUCAACACAAAUAACAGUAUUAACCACACCUAUAGUCCAAAUACUAGGUCCACAUUCCUUAGUGAAACCAAGACAUUCCGAUAUACAACUUGUUUGUAGCGUCGACAAUGCUGAUCAGAUCAUCUGGCUGGCCCCUAACGGCACUAGCGUGAAGGAGGUCGAAGUCACUGGGAGUUAUACUGACAUGUUGGAUGUUAGAGAUGUAAAUGAGGAAGGGCAGUGGAAAUGUAAAGCAAUUAGAGGGUUAUAUGAAGCGUCUGAUGCCGUAGAAAUAAGCAUUCUAAUAAAACCUGAAGUAUUAAUAGAAGGCCCAAAGAAUAUAACAAUAAUUAAUGGCACGAGUAUUGAAAUUGUUUGCAAUAUCGAAGCGAAACCAACGCCGCGAAUACUUUGGCAUAGAGAAACUGAGAGAUUCCUUAAUAAUACGGUAACACAACUGGAACCGAACAAGUAUAAAAGCGUCCUGACUUUAGACAGUUCGAAGGAAAACGUGAAAGGGACGUAUUUCUGUUUCGGUGAAAACUCUGAGGGUAUUCAUCAAGACAGCGUUACUGUCGAUGUUAGGAGGAAGAUGAAAUUGGUGGAAGGAUUUACUGAUAUGAUAGAACAACUGUACUCCCAAAUAACGUUGCCGUGUCGAGUAGAUUCCUACCCCUCCCCGCAAAUACGAUGGUACCACAACGAUACACAACUUACUAUGAACGAUAACGUCUACCUAACAGAAAAAAAUGAUACUUUAUAUAUUCUUAAACUGGAAUUCGAAAAUCUUGGAAUAUAUAAGUGCAAUGCUGAUAAUGGAUUCGAAAAGAUAGAGGUCCAAGGCAGUUUGAAUGUCGAUGGAUUGGAAAGUCCUGUAUUAUUCAAGGAACCGGUGCGAAGGGUGACUCAGAAGGGAAAAUCAACCAUACUCACAUGUAGAGUAAUAAAAGGCAACCCUGAACCCUAUCUAUCUUGGCAGUUUAGACGCGAUGGCUCUGAUCAUUUCUCUACUCUGCCGCGUGACGUCAUCAUGAAUGAGAACCGUUCGGAGGUGAUCCUCACUAACGUCGAGAGCUACCAUUGGGGCGUGUACAGAUGUGUCGCGGAGAAUAUUGUUGGGAGGGACGAGUACGACGCUUUGUUGGUUGUUCAGUAUCCUCCAGAAAUCAAACGUGAGGCAAAUAAAACAGACAAGCCGCUAGAAGUACAGGCAGGGAAGAAAGUGACUUUCUCAUGCGAAGCGGUAGGCGUACCGCCUCCUAUUGUCACGUGGACUAAGAACAACCGGCCUGUUAGCUAUUCCAGAAAUGUAUAUUUAACAAACACAAGUGAAUUGGUAAUUGAGAAAGCGACAGAAUACGACUCGGGAGUGUUUACCUGCAAAGCGACGAGCAUUUUGGGAUCUACCAGGAAAAACUUCACGUUAGUCGUAUAUGUGCCACCAGCAAUUGCACAACCAGACAUCGAACCGCAACUGGAAGUAGUAGAAGGCAGUCUAGUAGAACUACCGUGCACUGGUCGAGGGGUGCCCAAACCACAGAUAGAGUGGCUGCAGAAUGGUGAACUCAUUAAAGAAGACAGGAAAUAUAUCGACGAGUUUGGAUUAAGAUUUGUGGCCAAUUUAACCGACUUCGGCGAAUAUACGUGUUCCGCUAAAAAUACGUAUGGAAACGCAUCAUUUGUAUACUCUGUUUACAUAUGGGUGGCACCGUACAUAGAGCCUCCUCUACUUACCAAGCAGAAUGUGCGUCUUGGAGCUAAUACAACUUUAGGCUGCGAUGCUGUUGGGUUCCCCAUACCUAGUAUAUUUUGGGAGUUCCAAGGUGAAAUAUUAUCGAAAAACACUACUGAUUUGAGCUUUAACGACUAUGGAGUUCUGAAUAUAACGAAUGUGACAACAAAACACGAAGGCGUCUACGAUUGCAUUGCGCAGAAUCUGGCUGGUUUUGCUAAGAAGUCCAUAUACCUGAGCGUUAUUGAACCUCCUAGAAUACUCCCAGACAACUAUAGUGGGCCGUACAUAGCGACAGAUAAAGAUACGGAACUCAUAUUAUCCUGUAAAGCUACUGGGAACCCCAAACCUUUCGUCAUCUGGGCGAAAGACAACCAUUAUCUGGAUAAAGAUUCCCGAUAUAGUGUGGAGGUAGAUGGCAAGCUGACAAUAAAAUCACCAUCAGAAGAACUGAGUGGGUUUUAUACGUGUGUAGCCAAAAAUGUGGCAGGAUCUGUGAACAAAACUGUUUCAGUUGAAAUAUACUCGCUACCUGUAAUGCAAGCCGAGCAAUCAGAUACAUCCGUGACGGUGGUUGAAGGGACGAACGCAACCAUUGAGUGUCCAGUGCCCAGUACCUCUAUGGAUAAAGUAAAAUGGUAUAAGGAUGCGAAACUAAUAUCAACAGGGCACUUACACAUACCAAAUAUAACUCGGAAUAAUGCAUCUACUUUGGCCUGUGUAGUGAGUAACACGGUGAUGUCGAGUUACUCCACCGUCCAGGUCGUAGUGGAGUGGGGGCCUAGGUUGGUGUGCACUGGUGGGGAUGCGCAAGUGGUCAAGGGAGACGACUGGUACUUCGGUUGCGAGGUUGACGCGAAACCAGCGGCUAAGACGAAAUGGCUGUUCAAUUCAAAGCCACUUCUGGGCAAAGAUAAAGAGAAGCUUAAAUUGAUGAAUAUACAGUUACACAAUACAGGAGUGUAUAAAUGUAUCGUCAGUAAUCCGCAUGGCACUGUUACUAGGCAGUUUGCUUUGGACGUGUCAGUGCCACCCUUCAUAUCAGACUUCGAUGUACUCGACGUUCAGUUAAAAGAAGGAACGAACGCCACUCUCGAAUGCAACGCUAAAGGAAUACCUUCACCCAAUAUAACGUGGGUUUUCAAUAACACAAAUUGGCACGUUCAAAACUAUUCGCUGACCACAUCGAACAUCACCGACCAAUCAGAGGGUGUCUAUCGUUGUAACGCUGUGAACAAAGCCGGGGCCGCGUACUUAGUAUAUAGAGUGACUGUGACGGCCUCUGCUUUGGUGGAAGAAGUGACUUUGUACCGGGGAGCAGGGGGAGAAACAGUCGAAGGAAAGGUAGAGGUUACUCUUGGUUCUCACGUCAGACUAUCUUGCAAAUCGUCAGGCAAGCCGUCUCCAACGAUACAGUGGAUCAGAAACGGCGACGUCAUCAGUCAAAAUGAUGACGACAUAGCCUAUGCAGAUUUAAGACUAGAUAAAGUGGAAACCAGCCAUACUGGGACGUAUUCGUGUAUAGCGUCUAAUGAAGGUGGCACAGAUGAGAGGGACAUCAAACUGGAUGUUUUGGAACCGCCGAAAAUAUUCCAGUCUUUAUUCCAAAAUGGCAACUCCACAGAAAACGUGACGAGGUUGGAAGUGAUAUCCGGGCAAGCUUUCUUCUUGCACUGCCAUCCGUAUGGCAACCCCAUGCCGGAGAUCUACUGGUUCAAGAAUGAUGUUCCUCUAAGGUUGUUUGACGACAGCAUGGUUUCAAGAGAUUACGGUGAAGUGAUACAGUCGAACGGAGCGAGAGUUGAACACAGUGGAAAAUAUACCUGUGUCGCAAGGAAUAUAGUUGGAAAUGCAACGGAUGUUUAUCUAGUCGACGUCUUAGUGCCUCCGCCAGUAUCAAAGGAGAGUUCAAAACCGAUCAAUUCUCGGCUCGGUGCACAACUGAGGUUGACUUGCCCUGCGGAGGGCACUCCUCUACCACACGUCAUGUGGGUGAAACACCCGUACUUAGAAAUCAGCGCGGAGACGCCCAGAGUGGAGCUUAUUGAUGAUAAUAUUACUCUGACAAUAAAUAGUACCGAAGUGUCAGAUUCUGGCCAAUACUCAUGCAUAAUGACGAACAAAGUUGGCACCACAGAAGUUGUGUUUGAUGUGACUAUCGAGAAACCACCGUCCAUUGCGGACAACGUUGGCGAUAAUAUAUUAGAGAGCCACGUGGUUCCGUUACGGAGGAGCAUUGUACUCAAAUGUCAAGUUGAUGGCAAUCCGCUGCCGAGGAUUAAUUGGUUGAAGGACACGCAGCAACUAAGCGAGAACUUGUCCAAUAUCCAGCGAGUCCUCGGCAACAGUUUGCUGACUGUUUGGAGCGUGAACGUACGGGACGCUGGACAAUACAUCUGUAUCGCGGAGAAUACUGCUGGCACCGCGUAUAGGCGGUACAACGUUAUUGUACAAGUGCCUGGUAAGUGGAGUGGGUGGUCACAAUGGAGCUUUUGUAACGUCACCUGCGGCCUGGGGUAUCAACAGCGGUCUAGGAUGUGUCAUUAUAUGGACGACUACAACGUCACCUAUGAUAAGAAUACGAAAUCCAACAAGAUUAAACUGGAUGAGUCUGCUUGCAAAGGAUUGAGUUACGAGAGGAGAAAAUGUCACAUGCCACCUUGUGAGGAAGACGAAACGCAAGCGCGUUGGUCGAUGUGGUCAAAGUGGUCGCAAUGUUCAACUACCUGUGGAGUGGGCACGCAAGCUCGCACGAGGCGGUGCAAGUCCAAAGCGAGGUGUAUAGGCGAUAAUGUACAGAUAAGAAAAUGUCCUAAUCUACCGAAAUGCGACUAUAAGUCUGACCAAACGAGUUCUGAAAAUGAAGUGUUUAGUAGCAAGGAAGAACAAUCUACCGAAACGAAUCCCUACGCCCCGGAAGCCACAUUUGAAAUGCAACCUGAAACAGUCCACACAGCUUACGCUACGGACGUGGAAGAGGUUUAUAUAAAGCCAGAACCAAAUUAUUCCACCGUGUAUUACUACGUAAAUGUAACAGAAAACCUGGAUCAUAGCUACAGAGGGCCGUGUGAGCCGGGGUAUACGCACGAUAACGCCACACAGGCUUGCGAUGAUAUCGACGAAUGCCUCAUAGCUAACAAUUUAUGUCACUCGACGCAAGCUUGUGUGAACACCGCGGGGGCAUACCGCUGCGCUUGUCCUAAAGGAUUCACAGCGUUGGGGGUUGGACAGAGGUGUUUAGACAUAAACGAGUGCGAGCAAGAUAUUCACGGCUGCGAGUUUGCAUGCGUGAACACGGCGGGCGGGUACGUGUGCGCGUGCCCCAGGCACCUGCGGCUGCACGCCGAUAGACAUCGAUGCGUUAAACCAUCAUCACAGUAUAAGCAGUACUCGAACGAAGAACUAGAUUCUGAAGAUUAUUAUUUAAGUACCGCCAUAGAUUUUCCAGCUAAAUAUAUUAAGAAUAGAAAUUGAACACACACAAUAUUUUAAUUUAUUUUAAACGAAUCUUAAAACUAAAGGUUUAAAAAAAAGUUUUUUUAAUAAAAACUAUUAAUGUGUUUAUUUAAAACACAGAUUUAAAAAGUGGUAAUAAUGCGCAAUCUACUUGUUACAAGUAAGUUAAUUACAUUUCAUGAAUAAA